UGCGUACGCAUCUCAAGUGGCUUGGACGAGGAGGUAAAAAGGCAUUUCUGGGAGGAUUUGGACGAGGUUGUGCGUGGUAUUCCCAUACUGAGAAUCUUUUCAUAGGAAGAGAUUUUAAUGGCCACAUUGGGGCGUCAUCUAGGAGCUACGAUGACGGGUAUGGCGGCUACGGUUUCGGUGUUAGAAACGGAGGUGGUACUUCAUUGCUGGAUUUUGCUAAGGCUUUUGAUUUAGUGAUAGCUAAGUCUAGUGUCCACUUUCNGUUUCUGGGAGGAUUUGGACGAGGUUGUGCGUGGUAUUCCCAUACUGAGAAUCUUUUCAUAGGAAGAGAUUUUAAUGGCCACAUUGGGGCGUCAUCUGGGAGCUACGAUGACGGGUAUGACGGCUACGGUUUCGGUGUUAGAAACGGAGGUG